AUGGGCUGCAGGGAGUGGGUAGAAGCGAACCAAAAGAACAAACCGCAAAGCAACGCAAUAGGCACAGGAGUGUUAACGCUGCUUACCACCGGGGCGUACCACGCUGGAACGCUGUACGAUCCGGGCUAUAAACACCACGAAUGGACGUACAAUCGAUCGGAUUCGGUCAUCCUAGUAACGCUGAUACUCUUCCAUAUUGCCGCUAUUUUGGGCUCUUUCACAGGAUGGUUUCUCAUCGAGCGUUACACCAAGAAACAGAUCAACUUCGUGAUAAUGUCGCUUGUGGUUGUUGGGUGCAUCGUAAGCAUCGCGGUACCCCACAACUUAAUCGGUAUCGCGUUUGCCCGUGCCCUGAUGGGGAUCGCCCACGGUGUGGCCUAUCUGGUGGUGCUGAUACAUGGAGGCGAAAUACUGAUCAAGGAGUUACGUGGCGUUAUAAUAGCGGCGGCUAACUUUUGCAUCAUCUCCGGUGUGCUGAUCGGUGGCGCUAUGAACACUGUAGAGAUGGAAUCUCUGGCACCGUAUCAAGUGAUGGGAAUUAUAGGAUUGUGUUACCUGCCAAUAGCUUUCUUUCUGAACCUCAUCGUCUGCUAUGAGUCUCCUGUGUUUCUGCUGAAGCGCAACCUGGAUUCGGAUGCCGUCCGCAGCAUGAUGAAGCUACGCAACGAGUCCUCCGAGACGUGGGAAAUUCGCAAUGAAAUGACGGAAUUCAAGACGAUGCUGUCGGAGGAUGCAACAACGACGCUAUCAAUCUUUCGGGAAGGAAACCUACGACCACUGGUGCUUAUCGCGCUCGGUAAGAUCGCAUCCGUGCUCUCCUUCAACUAUGCCGUCAACACCGUCAAAGUGAAUGUCAUCGAGGAAGUGUUGGAUAUCAGCGACACCAAUACCCGUCUUUCCAUCGUCAUCGUAACCUCGAUAAGAACGAUAGUCGGCCUGUGUGCCAUGUUUCUCGUCGAUGUGCUCGGACGCCGAGCGUUACAGCUGGUCUCCACUGUAUCUACCGGUGUGAUACUGGUCGCGAUGGGUAUCGCCUACAUAGCAACCGAUUCCAUCAAGCCUGACAUCGGUAUGGCCAUCUUCUUGGCGUGUGAAGUGGGUGCCUCCCUCGGCCUUACCUUCAUCCCGGACGUGCUCUGCUCGGAAGCGUUCAACACGAAGAAGAAAGCGCUUUCGAUUGUUGUGGUACAGGUGCUGGAACACGUGCUGCAUGUGAUUGUGUUUUCCGUCGUCUACAAGUGGGACUUUACCGUGUAUGAUCGCUAUGGUGGAACGCUUCUGGUAGCCGGUCUACCGCUGCUGGUCAUCGGGUAUGUGCUGUACCGGAAGCUUCCGGAAACGUCCAAGAUGUCGAUACGGCAGGCAAGGAUUGAGUUUUACAAGCGGGAAGGUAUCGUAUUCGGUGGUAGCAAAAAUUCAGUUGAAGUACUCUAUGAUUGA